AUGCAGUUUCCAGUGGCCAGAGAUAUUUGCAUCCCGUUGGUUAUUGAGGAAUUAAGGCCCAGUGAUGGUCGAUGCCCCUGCUUCCCUGGUUACCAAGAUGUAGGAGAGCCCAAUGGCUGUGUCCCACAGGAAUAUGGAAUCUGUAAGAAUGGGGCUACCUGGAACCAAGAGGGGAAAUGCCUGACUAAGAGAGAAUGGACCAACCACUGUGCCCAGGAGUUCCUCUGCAUCAGGAUGUUUUUUGGAGAAAGUUGUCAAGGGAGGGAUAUCUUCGUGCAGGUCUGUGCUACACCAAGGGAUGUCCAUGGAUAUGACUCAGUACUGGAGCUCUGCCUUUGCUGGAGGAUGGAUCUAAAUGGAAAAUGUGGGCCCCAGUGUCAAGGAAGACAACAACAUAUCCUGCAGCUCACCUGUCAUGAGAGCAUCCCAUGGAUCUCCUCCAUUGAUAGUGAUGGGAAUCAGAACUUUGCUGACAUCAGUGAGAUAGGGCCAGACUGCCAAGAUUUUCCAAUACUUAGGAUGUCUGGUCACGAUGGUAGGUGCUGGGAAGCUGAGGAGCAGCUUGACCUUGAGUGGUUUGAUACAAAUGCCUUCCUCAGGAUCCUACAGAAGCAAUCUCUGUCAGUGACAGGCAAGCUGAAUCAGACCAAGGAGGAGCUAAAACUUCUCUACCUAAAACUUUUGAGGAAAGCCAGUUCCCUCCGGGAGUUAUGGUACAUGAAGCUCCGAAUUCCUGCAGCUAAUGUCCAGAAGGACCAACAACAGGCGACUCCUUACCUGUUCCAGUUGUAUUUACCUCCAUUACUGAAAGUCCUAGGAAUGAGCAGACUUCCUGUGAUCUGUUCUCAGACUGCUCAGGCAACUGCAAGGGAGGCAGAAGAGGAGCCCAGGAGAAGGCAAGGACUGGCAGAUGAAUAUGCUUAGAGCCUGAGACAACAACUGAAGCUACUGCGACAAGACUUAAGAGCCAGAGAAUUGCAAUGGGCAGCCUUUGGCUCAGCCCUGAAAGAGGUCCAGAGGCUCCUGACAGCAAAAACAGAAGUCACAUCAGAGAAGAUACCUCAGUCUAUACAGGACCCUGAGAAGACAUCUCCCCUAGUGGAUGAAGCAAUAGGCCGUUUGUCCCAGAUUCUUUUGGAUGAAGGUCAACGAUUGAAGGCCUGGGUCAUCCUGGGAAUGGGCACUGGAGCUCAGCUACUUCAACCAGGAUAUGCCUUAGGGAUUCCUGAUUUCACCUGCUUGAAGCUCAUCACCAGGCUCCUGGUACCUGGCCCCAACUGUUCAAUGCUCCCAAAUAAUGGAUACCCUGGGCCCAUUCCUCCUGGAUACUUCAUCCACCCAGGCACAGGAAGAUUGCUUCCAGAAUCAGGAAAUCUGGGCUAUGACCUAAUGAAUGCUACCCUGAUUCCCACCACAGAUGUACUUAUGCUGGGAGGCCUGAGAGACAGCUCAGGAAGCCUCCUUUUUCCUGGGGACAAUUUUGUGGAACCACUGAGUGGGAAGUCAGCCGGCUGGCUUCAAGAGGCUUGUCUACAGGAGGGCCAUAUAGUACCCCAUGCAGGGGGUCCCCAGGCCUUGUUGGAUGCCAAUGUGCUGGCUGCCCAGAUGCACAUGAAAGAAGUCUUACAACAAAUCAAUGAGAGCCCAAGAUUCAGGGGAAAUGGAAAGAUGGAAGCUGCAGCCAGGGACCUGAGGCAGUCACUCUCCUUAAGUCUCUACCAUCUCUUAUACCAGGUUCAAAGACUAGAAAGACAGCUUCAGGUAGCAUCUGGCAUCAAAGCUACAGGUGGCAAGAUGGAAAUGAUUCAGUAUCCCAGAACAGAAGUAUGGAUCCUAGCUGUGUAUAUGGAAAUCCCAGAUCCUGCUGGUUCAGGGCUUUUGGUUCCCAUCCUGGGCAUGAAAUGCAACUGGAACUCUGGUCAAUUUAUUCUACUGGCUGGUACCAUGGAGGAUGCUGAUGGCAAAGGUAGUGAAGGAAUCUCUAUAGGAAUUUGA